AAACCGAACCAAAACAUUUGGUUAUCAAAAUCAAACCACCAGUUCAAAAUACUGAAAAAUCCCCCUUUGACUUCACCGGAAAAUAACGCCGUCGUUCGUCUAUUUCCGGCUGAGAGAAUCGAAAGUUGCAGCACUGAUCCGAUUAUGCGAUGGAUGUUACCGGAAAACGUAUGAACAAGAAGGAGCGAGCCAAGGAGCGCAGAGAGAAACGUCACGAAGAGAUCUCUCGUCUCCGCACCAUUCCUUAUUCCGAUCACCAGAGGUGGUGGUCUGCAGAAACAAUAGCCGUGGUGACUGGCGGCAAUAGAGGAAUCGGGUUUGAGAUUACACGCCAACUUGCAUUACAUGGAUUGACGGUUAUUCUUACUUCACGAGACACAGUUGCAGGAGAAGAAGCAACUAAAAUUCUACUAGAACAAGGCUUGAAAGUUGUCUUUCAUCAACUUGAUAUCGUAGACCAUAAAUCUAUCGAUAUAUUUUGUGCUUGGGUGAAGGAGAAGUAUGGUGGUAUCGACAUCCUGAUAAAUAAUGCAGGAGUAAGUCAUAAUACCGGAUCGGAGAAUUCUGUUGAAUGUGCUGAAAAGGUGAUAAACACCAACUAUUACGCCACUAAAAAUAUGACUAAAGCUGUGAUCCCACUGAUGCGAUCCUCCGCUGAAGGUGCACGGGUUGUUAUGGUGAGCUCACGGUUGGGACGACUUAAUGGCAGGAGAAACAGGAUUGCCGAUGUGGAUUUAAGACGACAGUUAGAAGAAGUUGAAUCAGAAGAUAUAAUUGACUUCACUAUGAACAAGUUUCUAGAACAAGUGAAAGAUGGGAGUUGGGUCAUUGGAGGAUGGCCUCAAAAUAAUACAGAUUAUUCGUUGUCAAAGCUUGCGGUCAACGCCUAUACGAGGCUUAUGGCCCGGAUACUUUCAGAACGGCCUGAAGGUCAGAAGAUUUAUGUUAACUGCUGCUGCCCGGGUUGGGUCAAAACGGCUAUGACGGGCUGGGCCGGGAUAACUCCACCUGAGGAAGGAGCUGAUACACCCGUAUGGCUUGCAUUGCUACCGGGCCAAUCUGUUAGUGGUAAAUUCUUUGCUGAGAGACGCGAGAUAAACUUUUAAAAGUAAUUUACUUUGUGUUAAUUAGUUAAACUAGUUACAUGUUAAAUUUGUUUAAACUUGUUCUCAUUGACUAUUUGUAUAAUUUUUUAUUUAUUUAUAUGUUUUAUUUGAAUUUUGACCAAA